UCCUAGUAUCUCAUUCGAACCAGAGUCUACAGACAAAUUUUGGGCACCAAUGGCUUCUAAAAUAUCUGGACCUUUUUUUCAAUUCAUUUUCCUUUCUCUCUUUGCUUUUGCUACUACUCUAGCCAAAGUACCUGCAAACCAGACCUUCAAAUUCAUCAAUCAGGGUGAAUUUGGAGAUCGAAUUAUCGAAUACGAUGCUAGUUACCGAGUAAUCCGAAACGAUGUUUACACUUUUCUUGCACCCCCUUUUCGCCUUUGCUUCUAUAAUACCACUCCUGAUGCUUUUAUUUUUGCCAUUAGAGCUGGCUUUCCUAACGAAGAAAGCCUAAUGAGGUGGGUAUGGGACGCUAACCGCAACAAUCCGGUUCGCGAAAACGCCACUCUUACGUUUGGCGAGGACGGGAAUUUCGUGCUUGCGAAUGCGGAUGGUCGUGUGGCUUGGCAAACCAACACGGCUAACAAAGGUGUCACGGGCAUUAAGUUACUAACAAAUGGUAACUUAGUACUAUUUGACAAAAAUGGCAAAUUUGUUUGGCAAAGUUUUGAUUACCCAACUGAUACUUUAUUGGUGGGUCAAUCUGUUAAAAUCAACGGUCGAAACAAGCUUGUUAGUCGAACAUCUGACAUGGACGGCUCUGAUGGACCCUAUACUAUGAUACUAGACCGUAAAGGGUUCAUCAUGUAUUUAAAAAAUUCAGGUCGGCAACUUAUUUAUGGGGGAUGGCCAGUAAAAGACUUUGGAGACAUUGUGACAUUUGAUGCCGUGCCUGAAAAUGAUAAUGCGACAGCUUACGAGUUAGUCCUACAGACAACACAUUUACAAGCUCAUCAGGGCAAUUCUCCGGCGGGCAACGGUGGUCGACGACUUCUUCAAGUUCGUCCUAUAGGCGGAGGCGGCCAAUCCUUCCUUAAUAAACUGAACUACAAUGCCACAAUUUCUUUCUUAAGACUCGGAUCUGAUGGAAACCUGAGGGCUUUCACAUAUUAUGACCCGGUGAGUUACUUAAAAUGGGAAGAGACCUUUGCUUUUUUCUCACCUUACUUCAUUAGGGAAUGUGCUUUGCCAUCAAAAUGUGGCUCAUUUGGGCUAUGUGACAAGCGAAUGUGUGUGGCUUGUCCGAGUCCUAAAGGUCUUGUAGGAUGGAGUGAAAGCUGUAAGCCACCAAAGCUAGCACCUUGUGGGACAGCAGCUAAGGUUGAUUACUACAAGAUUGUGGGGGUAGAGCAUUUUUUGAACACAUAUUUGGAUGAUGGUGAAGGUCCAAUGAAGGUUGAGCAAUGCAGAGAAAAAUGUACCAAGGAUUGCAAAUGUUUGGGUUUCAUUUACAAGGAAGACACAUUCAAAUGCUUGACUGCUCCACUGCUUGGGACACUAAUAAAAAAUGUGAAUGCUACAUCUGUGGGAUAUAUUAAGUACUCGAAGUAGAUUUUAUUUUGUCAUGUGUUUUGCUCUUGUGCCCUCUCAAAUGAAUAAACUUCUAUUAAUUUAUAUGUAAUGCUUAUAUUUAUAGUCGUGGGAUCUACUAAAACCAAAUCCAAAUUCACUUGAAUUUUAUGUAAUUGAAUAAAACAUUUGUGAAUUUAUUUUG